AUGCUGGUGGUUGUGCCGUGCCGAGCAUCACUUUCGAUUUCUGCUCGAUCCAAGUCGGCUCGGAUUGUGCUCGCGGAUGGAUUGGGUGCCCCGUUUUUGGAGGAAUACGAUGAAGGUAGUCAAUCGAUCGAUGAAUUGAUCAAAGUAUGGGGAAAUGACAAAGAUAAAGUGAUCCGAGUGGACGCCUCAACAAUUGACCUCUCGUGUGGCUACUUGAGUGGGGGAGUGGUACCUCGUCCAUGUUACCAUUGCUUUGGAUCGAUACUUGUCACCAGCAUUGAGAUGAAAGCCAACGCGGUCAGCCUGGUUUGCCUCCUCGGGGCCGCGAAAACGACUACCGGCUGGAGUGGGGAG